AUGGCCGAAAGAUUAGGCAACCUCCACACUCGUGGCAAUGAGAUCAACUACGACUUUGCCGAUCUCGAAGCUCGCGAUGACCAGGAUAGCGGUCAUCCAAGCGAUGAAAUAUAUACUCGGAAUUUAGACAAUUUUGAGGACUCCCCUGACCUCGAGACACGUGAUCUAAAGGAGGCCAGCAAGAUUGACUCUAUCUUUCAGUCUCGAGGAUUAGAGACCAACGAGGAACCCCAUAAUCUCCUGACCCGCGAUUUGGAACUUAACGACGAGAGCCUCGGUGAUGGUUUUGGAAACGUUAUACUUGCUCGCGACAAGAAGACGGGUGGCUCGAAAACAGGCGGCUCGAAGACGGGCAACACAAGGACGAGCAACACAAGGACGAGCAACACAAGGACGAGCGACACAAGGACGGGCGGAUCCGGCUCCAGAUCGACAACGAGCGGAGUGGACAAGGAGAAGAAGGAGAUCAAGGAAAUCCAAGACAAGCAGAGGGCACAGAAAAAGAAGGCAAACGCUGCGGAGGACAGAGAGCGCGACGAGAUUAGGGAGGCUCGCGAAAGGCAGAAAAAAGGCACAACUGCUACAGAAAAAGAUAAGGCUAGGAAGAAGAAGCUUGAGGAGCAGAAUGAGCUCAAUGAUGUAAAGAAGACCAACUCCAAGGAAAGGGAGCGUCUUCAAAAAGAAAAGGACAAGGAGAAGGCAGAGUUAGCCGAAGAGAAGAAGAAGGCGCAGCGACAAGUUUGGUCUCAAGGUUGGAGAUACGGAGAGUGCGUUGACAACAAGGACUUUGCGAAUGGAGUACGUGCUAAGAAGGCCAAGAUUGCGAGGAUGAUGCUGUGUCUCGUCGGGUCUCAUCACACAACGGCAAUGGUGACGACGACUGCGCCCAUCUCUGGAUGGAACCCCGUGCUGUGCGUCGUUCUGGCUGAUGACACCCAGCUCGAGCGCGAUGCCGGUCGUCGAGGUGUCUCCGGGCCAGUCGGCGAGAUAGGAGGAGAAGGACCGCAGGUCGGCGGUGAACCUCUCCAGGUCCAUUCUAACAACGUCGGGAUCCGCCUCAUGGCAUGGUUGGUAAAAGGGCUCGUCUAUCCUCACAUGCAGUGCGACUUGCCGGACCAGAUGCCCCCGGCGCUUGAUGUGCCGAUGGAAGCCCCGGAAACCCGAACCCGAAACCGAGGGCCGGAAAGUGAGGGUCUGCCAGAGCAGUGGUUCGAAGAAGGGCCGCCAUUCCUUCGAGACGAUGGCCAGGCUGGCCAGGAUUUCCUUUUCGUGAGGUGA